AUCUCUAUAUCUUGAAACCGUGAACGAAGUUUCAGAAGGAAGUCUCCUCUCUCUCUCAGUUGAAAUCUCUUCAACUUUUCAUGUAUUUGGAAUCGAUUUAGAGCUCUCUCUCUCUCUCUCUCUCUCUCUCUCUCUCCUGAAAUCUUUUCAACUUUUCAUGUAUUUGGAAUCGAUUUAGAGCUCCUCUCUCUCUCUCUCUCUCUCUCUCUCUCUCUCAAAAACACGCACAACCUACAGCCAAAUGUAUUAGAGGAAUCCAAAAUCCAAAUUAUUUAUUUAUUCCCUACCGAAUUCUCGUUGCUAUCUAUCUUCCAGCUCGCCCAAUGGCGAGAAAACAUCUCCAAGAGCUCUUGAAAGAAGAACAAGAGCCCUUCGUUCUCAAGCACUACAUCAACGAACGACGCUACCACUUGAAAAAAUCCGCUACCCAAAUCACCCACCACCACCUCCACCUCAGAAAACGAAAACCCAUCUCCCAAACCCCCACCUUUUCCUGUAAUUUCCGCAAAAACCCCUGCUUUUUUCCCUCCUGCGAUUCCGACCGCACAAAAUCCCCACUUUUCGAUUUCCCAAAAAGCCCUCGCCGGAAUUCAAAUACCCUUCUCGUAAAUGUCCCUUCAAUAACCGCAGCUCUGCUUCUCGAAUCAGCUCUGCGGAUUCAGAAGCAAUGUUCUUCCUUAAAGAAGCCGAAAAGCCGCGGGUUUGGAUUCUUUGGAUCGAUUUUGAAGAGAAUCGUCCAGGGUAAAAACCAAAAACAAGAAAUCUGUUAUGACGGCUUGCAAUGGGAUUCAAUUGAGGAUUUACAGAGAUUUGCAGAGGAGAGAGCCCCAAAGGACGCAAAACUGGAGGUGGGUCUGGAAGGAAAGGAGAUUCCGGAGUUGGGUUUUUUGUGUUCUUGCGAACGGAGCGAUGGGUUGGAUGAUUUGGACGAGAAAUCAGUGGAUUUUGAGAGCUCCAGCUGCAGAACAGAGGAUUUCGAAGAGACAGUAUUUGGAGGAGAAAGGGAGGGAGAUUCCCGGCCAUGCGCAAAGGGAUAUUGCUUGAGCCCUUUUAGAUUCCAGGACCUGGAAUGUGUGCCUGAUUCCGGCCUCCGUACGCCUGAAUUCGGGUCGCCGGCUACAUCUCCCGGUCGACAGCUAAAUGAGCCAAUCUUGCAAAACACGCCGAUAAACACUGAAAUGACGGAAAUACCCUUCUAUGGGAGACUAUGCAAUGGCUCGGCCAUCUGCGGAGGUUAUUGUUGUGGAGUCGGAUUCGGCAGUGAACUCUCUAGUGCCAAGAUGUUUCCGCAAACAAGUGGCGAGCAGCAUGAUGGGCACAUUGGCAUCCUCGGGACUAAUAAAGAGUAUCAAGGAGAGGAAGAAGAAGAAGAAGAAGAGAAGGAACAGUUCAGUCCUGUUUCAGUGUUGGACCCUCCCUUUGAAGAUGACGUUGACACUCAAGAGCCAGAAGAAAAACAAGCAGAUGGAGAGGAUGAAGGAUGCUUCGAACACAACUUCGCCGCAAUACUAAGAGCUAAACAACAGUUAUUAAACAAUAUCCGAAGGUUCGAGAGACUAGCAGAGUUAGAUCCCCUUGAAUUAGAAAAGAUACUUGCUGAAGAAGAAGAAGAAGAAGAAGAAGAAGAAGAAGAAGAAGAAGAAGAAGAGUAUCACAACGAAGACAGUGUAGAAGGGUUACGAGUACUGCUUGAUAAUGAAAGAAUAGUCAGAGAAACUCUACUCCGGCCGAACACAUGCCACUGUCUCUGGAGAAUUCCGUCCGACGUCAUGAUCGAGUCUUGGAAUUACUACACCAAGUCGAAUAGCAUCGACUUGAUGUUGGAGAUGGACUUUAGAAGAGUGAACGAUGAGUGGAUGAGGAAUCGUGAGGAGGUACAGGAAAUAGCAGAAGAUGUAGAGCUCGCCAUAUUUGGGUUCUUGAUCAGAGAGUUCUCGGAUGAUCUCAUACAAUCAAGCAGCCUCUAGUGGGGUGGAAUAUCUUUUUUUUUUUUUUUUUCACAUGAUUUUGUUUAUUUGUUUAUUUAUUCACGGGGAGUCUAAUGACAGGGGAGAUUAGAGUUAGCUAGAGAAAUGAAAACAGCUGCAUGUGAUGUAUAUGUGUGGGAGAUUGUGUCUCUCCAGGGAUGCAUAUAUCUUACCUUCUCAAACAAUGACAAGUACAUUUUCUUAGUUUACAAAAACGCACUUGUAGCAUCCUCAAGGCAAGGAAAUGCACCUUAUUCUUUCUGGAACCACCCAUAGUUUGCUGCUGGACCAUUUGUCUUAGCCCCCUAAAUAUCUCCCCAAUAAGAGUCCUAGCCUUUUGAGGUGGGGAGCAUGGGUUUAGAGAGUUGCUAGGUUUGAAAUUAGAAUGAAAGAAAGACUUAUUGGGCCUGUUUGGACAAUAAAUUAUGAUUGUUGUGAAUUGUUAAAGUACAAUGAUUAUAAAUUAUAAUA